UCAUUUCAAUUCGUUCGAGAGUUAAAAUCACUUGAAUAAUAAAACCUAACCUAAAAGUCAGUUGAGGUAACUUUAGUUCAAUGUAAUAAAAUAAAACAUUUGUUUAUUUGACUAUGAACUUGGUCUUUUAAGUGGAAAUAAUCUGACAUAAUUUGCUAACUUUAACUCAUUUCAAAGGUUACAUUUCUAUAAAUUGAGUCAACGUGACAUUUUUUACAGUGCAAAAGCUCACAUGCCAAAACAAUUCCAUAUAACAUCAUUUAAGAAUAAUCUCUUUUGUGCUUGUGUUCUGAUAGCUUUGUUCACACCGGUGUCCUUGUGUGUUUUUAGCCUGGAGGAUGUCAUGGCGGCAUACCUCCUGUAGGGGGAGCCGUGACUCUGAGCUAGAGCUGAAUUGAGCUUUGGGGGCUGAUUUGGUGCUUCAGAGUUUUAGCUGCUGAUGUUCUGUCACAAUAAAAUGUUCUUGAAGCUUCAAAAACUUCACAGUUGGUGUAGAUUUUCAGAAUAAGAUGCUCUUCUGAGGAAAAAAUGAAGAGUUUCAAUAAAAGUCAAACAUGAGGAGAACGCUUUUCUUCUUGACGUUUUGCGUGACAUUUGGUGCGCUGUGUGCACAGGUCACUUCAGGAAACAGCUCUUGGUCUUAAAGAGAAACAGGUUUGUGUGUUUGCUUACUUCCUCUGCUCACCUCAGAGGAAACUUUGGGGUUUGAGCUGAAAGAAGCCCCCUCCCCGGUGAGCGGAAGAGCUCCAGUCUCGAUGGUUAGAUUCUGAGACCUGUAGUCGUGCAGCUGGAGUCACUGAGAUCUGUUUUCUGACCAGGUUCUGCAGGAAAAUGUUCAUAUUCUGGGUUUGGGGGAAACGUGGAGCCUCCUAAAAACUGUGGAACAAACAGCUGAUCAGGAUGACGCUCGCUUCACUGUGCCUGUUUCUCUCGUCUCUGACCGUCUCUCCUGAGCGCUCUCAGUUCCGCCGCUAUGAAACCAUCGUCCUGAGCUGUACGGCCAACUCCUCGGGCUGGACCGUGAUGAGGAACACGUCUUAUCACUUCAAUCAGAAAUGUCAGUUUGGUUGGGGAGUUCCCAAAGAGUCCUCCUGCAGGAUCGACACCGCCUACCCAUCAGACAGUGGGGCGUACUGGUGUGAAAACAACCACGGCGAGUGCAGCAACGUCGUCAACCUCACUGUCACCAUUUCACCCGUGAUCCUGGAGAUUCCUCCUUAUCCUGUGAUGGAGGGAGAUGACAUCACUUUAAGCUGCUCCUACAAGGAUGCAACCCAAGCAAGCUCCGACUUUCCUGCAAAGUUCUACAUGAAUGGGAAACUCAUAAAAUCGGAAAAAGCUGGAAAGAUGAAAAUCUCUAGAAUUUCCAAGUCUGAACAAGGUUUCUACAAGUGUGAACACGCCUUUGAAGGAAAGUCACCAGAAAGCCAGCUGACUGUAAGAGAUCGCCAAACAAACAUGGCCUCUACUCCUGGGUCUCCCUCUGCGUCUCCUCCUACAUCUCCUCCUGGACUCUUGUCUCGGCCCAAGAUGAUAUGUAGUGCUCUGCUCUUCAUCUUCUACUGCAUCCCAUCCAUCUGUUGUGUGUAUAAAUACCUGCAGUGGUCCAAAGGCCGAGCUUUAGCCAUAGAACACGGAAAGUUACGGGAAGUGGACCCAAAGGAGGCGAAGGUCUCCGUAUACGAUCGUCUUCCACCUCCUCGUCUUCCUCCUCCUCUUCCUCCUCGUCUUCAUCGCUGUUGAUCCAGCCACACAGAUUCAGAGCUCAACUUCUGUUUGGAAAAAACCGGACGGAUCUAUUUUUGGGUUGUUUGACGGGUUUGUUUAAACUGAUGAUGAAAAAAUCCAAACCUCGUACUCGUUUUGGAGAGAAUUACCUGUUUCAAACUCAGGCUAAGGUUUGGAUUUUCCUGCCAACAUCUCAAACAAACUUUUUUUCUUUAAAAAUUAUUUAUUUUCAUGUUAAAUCUCUUCCUGGCUUCUCCUUCCUCUACUGCUGAACUUUGACAGUCCUGGAGGAUCAGCUGAACUCCUGAGACUUCAGCUCUCAGGUGACCGAGCCUCUUCUGCAGGACCUCCUACAUGAUGGCGUUUGGAGGAACUAGUUGUAGAUCCACAGUUUCUCUUCUUCAAAUCUUCCUUUCAAUUUCACUCAUUUACUGUUUCUCUUCCUCUUCUUGUUGGAGCCAAACGUUUUCGUUGUCUACCCCUGUGUCUCUAUAAAGCAGUUCUGUCUAAAUCCAGUCCUUGAGGAUCCGUGUCCUACAGGUUUCCUGCCAGUGAAUCUCCUUAUUGGCCAAACACACCUGAUCCAGGUAAUCAGCAUCAGAUAAGGCAGGAUUUCUGGAAAACCAACAGGAGGUCAGCCCUCACCCCUGCUAUAAAGGUUCUGGUGGAUUUGGUCUCUGAAUUUGAACCAGAACGUGUAUCCUUCAUGCCUGGACAGUACUUUUCUGGUUGGAUAUACCGGUGAUCCAUGGGGCAAGUGGAGGCUGGUCUGUCUGUCCAUGAUGGGGUCCAGAUGUGGAAGAUGUGUACCUGUACUCACAUUUCCUGCUAUGGGGAUUUCAUGCUGGAGACAAUACCUGGAAACCGCGUAUUAA